AUGCUCACACUCGCUCUCUUCUCCUUCGUCAUCUCUGCAUCUGCUGUCCAAAUCCAAAGUGGUAAUCCUGCGUUUUUUGACGCAGGGCUCCAGGGAUGUAUGUCUACCAAGUCGAAUGCGGACGGGAGUCAAGUUGUUAUUCACAACUGUAACAAUCAAGACGUCACGUUGCAAGACUGGACUGUCGCGUUUUAUAAUCGUUACGAUGUUGGCCCCCAGCAACUCAAGAUCUUCGGCGACAAGUGUCUCGACGUCAAGGAUGGUUUGAACGCGGACGGAACAUCUCUCCAAAUUUGGACCUGCGACACAUCGAAUCGCAACCAAAACCAGUUGUUCACUUCCCGAACUGACCAGACCUUCCAGUGGGUGGGAACAGACAAAUGUGUGGACCUCAAAGGCGGGGCAAUCACGGACAAUACACCUUUGCAAAUCUGGACGUGUGAUCAUAAUGGCAAUCCGAAUCAACAGUGGCAAGGCGAGCGCAACCCAUACCAGACUGUCAGCGCCCAUAUUUAUGGUGGUGAUAAUUCCCCCAAUGACAACACUCCGUUCUGCAUUGUCGGCACAUCGAAUAGCAAUGGGGCCAGCGUCGUGCUGACUUCGUGCGGCCUCGACAGUCAGAUCCAAGCAGCAUUCCCUGGUGCCAACUCGACAUGGGGCGCUCCAGUUGCGCCUCUCUCCGGUACCAUCUCCACGUUCAACAACAAAUGCCUCGACGUUCCGAAUGGCUCCAAGGCAAAUGGCGUGAAGCUCCAGCUUUGGACAUGCGCGGCUAGCAACACCAACCAGAUGUUCACCAACCAUCGCGGUCAAAUAGAGUGGACCGGCACCGGCAAAUGUUUGGACCUCACAAACGGCGUCAGCGCCAAUGGUACCCAGAUCCAACUUUGGGACUGCGAUGCAUCGAAGACUAACUUCAAUCAAGAUUGGGCUAUUUCGGAAAUCUUUUAG